AUGGGGAGCGACGUGACACGAAGACAUUGCAGGGGAAGCAGCUCCGACGGCGGCGUGACCGUGGGGAGAGCAUCGGUGUGGAAGGAGCAUGGGGAAGUUGGGUUGGCAGGCGAAGGAACGGCAUUGGAGAAGCAACGCGCCAUGCAUAGGAGAAUCGGCACCGCCGAUGCUCCCGUCCGGACCGACUGCCGUCCGUUCACGCUAGAAGAGUGCAGAGUACAUAGCUCUGAGAACACUACCAUGUCUUACCAGAUGCUCAAUGCUCUUCUCCUCCAAGCACUUCUUAUCGCUCAUAUGAUUCAUGGGCAAAGCGAUAAGGAAGUUCUUCUUGAGCUCAAGAACUAUCUGCAAACGCAGAACCCAAUAAACCAUGGCGCUUACGUCAGCUGGUCGGAGAAUGAGGCCUCACCGUGCUGUUGGAAAGGCGUUGGGUGCGAUGUUGCUGGGCAUGUCAAUUCCCUCGACCUCUCGAACUCAAACAUUGCCGGUCCAUCAUUCAGCGGCUUCUCACGCCUCACCGGGCUUACCCACCUAGACCUCUCAUCGAACAGCAUCACCGGUGAACUCCAGGAUGAUCUCAAGCACUGCCAGAGUCUCCAGCACCUCAACAUAUCCAACAACCUCAUUGGUGGCAUUUUUGAUUUGUCCAACCUGAUCAACCUCCGAACGCUGGACGUAUCCCAGAAUCGGUUCCUGGGAAGGAUGGACAGAAACUUCCCAAGGAUAUGUGGCAAUCUAACUUUCCUCAGUGUUUCCAGCAACAGCCUCACAGGCAGGAUAGAUAGACUAUUUGACAGCUGCUCGAGGCUGAAGCAUGUUGAUCUCAGCUGGAACAGCUUCACCGGCAUGGUCUGGCCAGGCAUCGAAAGGCUUAGACAGUUCAAGGCCAACAACAACAACCUCACAGGGAGAAUUUCUCCUGGCAUGUUUACAGCAGGGUGCAAAUUGCACUCACUGAACAUUGCCAUCAACUCUUUGUACGGCAGCUUUCCAAGCUCCAUUGGCAAUUGUUCUAACCUGAAAUUCCUUUCAGUUUGGGGAAACAGCUUUGAUGGAUCUAUACCACCAGGAAUUGGCUCAGUUGCAGGGCUUGAGGAGCUGGUACUUGCAAGCAACAGCUUUGACGGAGAUAUUCCGAUGGAGCUCACGAACUGUACCAACCUGCAAUAUCUGGACAUCAGUGACAACAAUUUUGGUGGGGAGGUGCAAGAUGUCUUUGGGAAAUUAACAGCCAUGAGGAGUCUCUUACUCCAGGAGAACAAUUAUACUGGUGGUAUUACCUCCUCUGGGAUUCUCCAGUUACCGAAUCUGAUUGUACUUGACCUAUCCUACAACCAAUUCUCUGGUGACUUGCCCACUGAAAUUAGCAGCAUGAAGAAUAUCAAGGUUCUCAUGCUUGCUGAAAACAACUUCGCUGGUAAAAUCCCACCAACGUAUGGUCAACUUCUCAGGCUCCAAGUAUUGGAUUUGUCCUUCAACAGUAUUUCUGGUGAGAUUCCACCGGACAUUGGUAACCUAUCAUCACUUCUCCUUUUGAUGCUUGCUGGGAACCGAAUUUCAGGUGAGAUCCCGAGGGAGAUAGGAAAUUGUACCAGCUUAGUUUGGCUUAACCUUGCUGGAAACCAGCUAAUGGGGCAAAUCCCACCGGAGAUAGCAAAUAUGGGGAGGAAUCCAAGCCCAACAUUCAUGGAGAAUCGAAAGAAACCUGAACUUUUGGAGGCUAUCACCAGCAAAUGUGUCGCUGUAGAAUGGAUUCCAUCAAGUUAUCCAGAAUUCAACUUUGUUCAGUCCCUAAUGAUGUCUCAGAAGAACUGCCAAACCAUAUGGAAUCGGGUUGCUAUGGGGUAUGAUGUACUUCCAAUAUCUUCACCACUGCGAACAGCAUUAGGAUAUGUUCAGUUGUCAGGAAAUCAGCUGUCUGGAGAGAUACCAUCUGCUAUCGGCACAAUGAGAAACCUCAGUUUGCUGCUACUUGAUGGAAACCGGUUAUCUGGACACCUACCAGCAGAGAUUGGUCAUCUUCAACUUGUUGCUUUGAAUAUCUCAAGCAAUUUUAUCUCUGGAGAAAUUCCCUCUGAGAUUGGCCGCAUGGAUUCACUUGAGAGCCUUGAUUUGUCUAGCAAUAACUUCUCUGGUGCACUCCCAUCAAGCCUUAAUCAACUCACUAAACUGAGUAGGUUCAAUGUGUCAUACAAUCCGCUUCUAUCAGGCGAUGUUCCAAGCAGUGGGCAGCUCUCCACCUUUGAUGAACAAUCUUUUCUGGGAGAUCCACUGUUAUCUUUCCACGUACCAGCAGGUUCCAGCUCUGAUUUUAGUCCCGGCGAGUUCUCAUUAUCUGAUACAGAGGAGCAUCCUGCAAAAGAAGAAAUCAUGGUGACAGCAAUUGCAUUCCUUGCAUUCUUUUUAGUGACCUUGAUUAUCAGGGAAUUUCAUACCUUCCUGUACUUGUAUUUUAUAGUAUCACGGAAAAUUGCCAACUGUAGGAUUCUUCAGAGUUGAAAUGCUGGAUAAGUUAG